GCUCAAAGGCCUCUCUCAUCUGGGUCUUCUCCCCUUUCUUCAUUAUUCAAUGUUACUCUCGAUAUAUUCUAAAAAUUAAAUAAAUUAUAUCAAACGUCUCUCUCUCAGAUUUGCGCUCGAUGUCCAGAUUAUAGCUCUGUGAUGUCUGCAAUGGCAAAAGUGCCUACAGUAACAAUGGGUCAAAGAUCAGAUCAGAAGGCGAGUCUUUGAAGGCCCAACUCCCAAAUACGUCCCUCUCCUCGCAUCAAGAUCCAAUUUUGACCCCAUUUCUCAGAACAAUGAAGCUGGACACGGCAACCCAAGUCAUCGAUGUGGAAACAGCGGUCAAAGAUGGGAUCUUCGGCGGCGGCGGCGGGGGCGGCGGAGCUCCCGUUGUCCGGUCGCCGCCUGCGAACAAGGUGGACCUCAAGAAAAUGAUAGAGGAGCUGGACUCGGCGGAGGAAGACAUCCCGACGGUGUUCAUAUGCCCCAUCUCGCUCGAGCCCAUGCUGGAUCCCGUCACCCUCUGCACCGGCCAAACCUACGAAAGAUCCAACAUUUUGAAGUGGUUCUCCCUCGGUCACCUCACCUGCCCCACUACGAUGCAGGAGCUCUGGGACGAUGCGGUCACCCCCAACUCCACCCUCGCGCCAUUUGAUACUGCUUGGUUCUCACAACCGCUUACCUCGCGCUUUAAAAAGCGUGCCGAGGACUCCAGCGGCCGAGCCUCCGAGCUCUUGGAUUCGCUCAAGAGGGUUAAAGGCCAGCUCAGAGUACAAACCCUUAAAGAUCUUAACAAAUUGGUGAUUGCCCAUCCCUCUGUGAAGAAAACACUGGCUACCUCUAAUGGCAUUGCCGUGAUUUCUUCGCUUCUGGGUCCGUUCACUUCGCACGCCGUCGGGUCCGAGGCUGUUGCCAUUCUUGUCAAUCUUGACAUUGAUUCGGAUUCGAAGGCUAACCUGAUGCAGCCCGCGAAGAUUUCGCUGGUUACCGACAUGUUGAAUGAAGGUACGAUUGAAACUAAGGUCAAUUGCACUAAAUUCAUCGAUGUUCUGAUGGGAGAUAAGAAUUUCCGGUCUGAGAUUGUGUCGAGUAUGAGUCUUUUGGUCGGAAUCUUGAGGUUGGUGAAGGAUAGGAGAUACCCAAAUGGGGUCCUGGCUGGAUUGGAUCUUUUGAAGAAGAUUUGUUCUCAUGAACAGGUUAGAACUCUAAUAGUUAGUGUUGGCGCAGUGUCUCAAAUCGUCGAGCAAUUGGUGCAUUUGAAUUCAGAAUGCUUAGAAUUAGCUUUGCGGAUCCUGGACGAUAUAUCGGGGAUCCCUGAAGGGAGGAUAGCGUUGAAGGAUUGCCCUCAGACGAUACCAAACAUGGUGAGGUUGUUGAUGAGAGUAUCUGAGAACUGUACUCAGUUUUCGCUGUCGAUUUUGUGGGCAGUUUGCAAAUUAGCACCAGAUGAGUGCGCGCCGGUGGCUGUUGAGGCUGGGCUGGCGCCGAAGCUGUUGCUUGUGAUUCAGAGCGGGUGUAGCCCUGAACUGAAGCAGAGAUCGGCGGAGUUGUUGAAGCUUUGUAGUUUGAAUUAUACCGCGACGAUAUUUAUGUCAAAAUGCAAGCUAACGAGAACAAUCCAAUGAUGGGAUUUGUGAUUCUGUGGUGAAAUCUUUCUUCGCCCCAAAUGAGGAGAUUGGGACCAAAGGAGCAAGAGAGGAGGUUUUGUGUUGAAAGGAGAGAAGAUGUGCUGCUCUACUCUGUUGUGUAUUAUAAACACCGGAUGAUUUUUUUUCCUGUUCCCUUGAUCCUUCACACAAUUGGAGAAACAUCGGUCUCUGAAAAUCAAAGAAAGAAUCGGUUUGAAAAUCGAUAGGGUUCUCGCGGUUGGAUUGGAUCGAGUGAAGCGGGAAUUUCUCCCUCAAUAAUAAGAUUUGAGGCUUGUCUAUUUGAGUGGCAAUUUUUGGCCUGUGAUAGGCUUUUUCGCCUUUUUCGCCCCCCCUCCCCCUCCAUCCAUGUGAAAAAAUCCUAAUCGAGCCUGUAAAUCUCCUUCUUUCCUUCUUCUGUUUGUAAUUUGAUAAGCAUCAAAAUUUGACGGCCUGGUUUUGUUUGAGAAA